AUGGCACUUCAGUUUCGACGUCGGCUGCAGACGGUAGCCUCACAGUCAGCGGAGGAGGCCCUGAAGCAAGCCAAGGGUGGCUUCAUGGACCAGCUGUUGGGAGGCGGCCCUCAAGGGGAGGUCCGGGACUUAACAGAUGAGGAGUGUGCUGCUAUCGCUGACUGGGCGUUACGACAGGGUCAAUGGCAACCACAUGAGUCCUUCCAGUUGGCUGAGAGAAUGGCCAAUAGAGUGGUGAAAGUCAGAUGUGAGCUGAGUGAUAUCAUGGAGCCUGCUGCUGAUGUGGUCAUCAACUCACUUGAUCAUCACCAGAUGGAUGUGGCUGAUGUCUGUGCUGACUUGAGGAAACAGCGUCGGAAACUGUAUAGUUCUUCGUUCAAAUCGACUUCCUCCCCGAAGGAAGUCCAGCCAGCCGAGGCUUCCUCCUCUACGAUAACGCGAGAAGGAGAGAAGAUCCCUAAAGAUUCCCAGGAGGCCGAUUUUAAUAGUGAUUGUUCGUUAAUGUAG